UCUUCCCAAGCUGAGAUGCGAGCCGGCUCUGCUUGCUUGAUUCCCCCUCUCCGCCGCGCAGAGCACACAGCCCGCCGCCCCGCCGUCAACUUGGCUGAUCUCCUCGUGGGCUUCCUCCCUUCCCAGCAGUCCAGCACCACUCCUGGCCAUGGAAAUUGCUUCGGUUUUCCUCUUUUUUUUUUCUUUUUUUUUUUGCCAACACAAGCAAAACUUGUUCAUUUCUCCAAGCUCUCUCUCUCUCUCUCUCUCGCAGCUCCGGUUUCCUCCGGCUCUUCGGAUUUCAUCUCGGCCAUCUGCCCUGCCGGCCGCCUCCUGGCUUCUUGCGCGUUUACUGUAGCAUAUCCACUAGCUCAUGCAUCGUCUCUAAUUCUCUAUGCUACGGUUCUUGCCCCAUCUGUUCCGGUUCUUGGGGGCAGCUACCCACUUGCUUCUUCUUUUUAUUUUAAAUUAUUCUAUUCCUUGCGCUUGCUCGUUUUUGUUUUUACCUCCGCUGCUCGUGCACUGAUCUCUCUGAAUUCCUCUUUAAUUAUUGGUUUGGCAUGGGUGGUUGGAUGCUUGGCUAAGCUAGAGAUCCUGCAAGACCAUUCUUGUCCUGGCCCAAAGAGAAUCCAGCCCCUGACACUCCGGUUUAAUUCCUUCCUUGCCAAAGCUAGGCAGCGAGCGAGCGAUGAUGAGCUUCAAGGCCCACGACGGAUUCGGGCAGGUCGGCCAGGCCACCAAUGGUGGUGGUGGUGGUGGUGGAGGAGGAGGAGCACCGGUGCCAUGGUGGGCGGUGUCCCAGAUGCUGUACGGGGACCCGGCGGCCGCCAUGUCGCCGACGCCGGAGACGGAGGCUCGCCGGGACGGACAGUUCCAGGUCGUGCCGAGGGCUCAGGGCAUCUUGGAUCCGGCACCGCAACAGCCGGCGCCGGCGACGAGGAGCGGCGCUCCUGAGGUCCUCAAGUUCUCGGUGUUCCUAGGGAAUUUGGAGUCGGGAGGCAACAAAGGGGAGAAGGCCUUGGAGCACUCGGCCACCAUCGCACUGCAGUCGCCGCUCCCGGAAUACAACAGUCGUUUCGAGUUUGGCCCGGGUCCUUCCAUGAUGUCUUCUGGUUAUCCUUCCGCUGAGCAGUGUUAUGGCCUACUUACCACUUACGCAAUGAAAUCGACGCCCGGUGGCCGAUUGCUCUUGCCGCUGAAUGCAACAGCUGAUGCCCCGAUUUAUGUGAAUGCAAAGCAGUAUGAAGGCAUCCUUCGCCGCCGCCGUGCUCGCGCCAAGGUGGAGCGAGAGAAUCAGCUGGUGAAAGGAAGAAAACCCUAUCUUCACGAAUCACGCCACCGCCACGCGAUGCGCCGGGCGAGGGGCACGGGAGGGCGCUUCCUCAACACGAAGAAAGAGGGUGGCGGCGGCAAGGACGCUCCGGGAGGCGGCAAGAGGGCGGAAUGCACCCCGCCUACGCGCUUCGCCACGUCCCCGAGCUCCGUCAUCCCGCACUCCCGGAGCAGCAUCUCGAGCCUCUCCGGGUCGGAGGUGUCGAGCAUGUACGACCACGACGACGUGGACCACUACAACAGCAUCGAGCAGCUCCGGACCCCCUUCUUCACCCCGCUGCCGAUCAUCAUGGACGGCGAGCACGGGGCCUCCGCCCCCUUCAAGUGGGCCACGGCCGCCGACGGCUGCUGUGAGCUCCUCAAGGCAUGACUUGAGGGGGGGUAUACGCAGGCACCCAGAUCAAGAGCUGGCCAUGGCCGGCUCUGGCUCCAUCUGGUUGCCUGCAGGCAAAUCAUUCUUGGCUCUACUGCAUUGGGGCGUCCUUCCAUAUCACACUACCUUCUUCCCUGAAAAUUCCGGUGCUGGUUUUCAGGGAUGCUGUGAUGGUGGGGAUCCCCAUAUGCCUGUAAAAAAGUAUCGGAAGCACUAGCAGUGUACCACGGGUAUGAACUCUAUGGACUAUGGUAUCAGGUGUCUGUGUCAGAAUAAGUAUCGGAUUUCAGGGUGUUGUCAUGUGUUAGGGUCUGAAACUUUUGUGCUCUUGGCAAUGUGCUGGAGUAAGUUGGAGUUUGUUUGUUUGGUUUAGGUGAGUUUUAAGACAUACAAUCUAUUGUACUCUCAAUGUAUGAUUUGUAAGCUUGUCUGCAUAAAUGUUACCAGUUUUUUAGCUUAA